AUGCUUCUGGACUGGAAACGGAUCUACACCAGCGAGCAGAAAGACUCUAAACCAUUUACUAUGGUGUUCUACAAGAAGAAGGAUGAUAAUUACACCGUUCUAUCUGCCCACACAGACUCAUCGUUCCUGACACUCAUGAAGGCGGGUGGAAAGGAUGAUACCCGGAUUGACGCUAUCACAAAACGGAUAUACUGUGCUGUUGAGGCACCUACGUACGCUAACAUCCGCAAUGCUGCAGCUCUGGCGCUCAAGGAAAUGAAGAAAUACGAAGUGGAGAACGUAGAAAUUGACUGUGAGGACAUGGUGGAGGCGGCUGCUGAUGGCAUCCUGUUGGGCGGUUUUAAGUAUGACUUUAUGAUAAAGAAGAAAAGCUGCACACCGCAUAUUACCAACGCUGAUUCGAUUAGGGCGCGUGCCCAGAACUUGGCCAGGUUCCUUUCGCUCACACCUGCAAAUCUGAUGACACCCACGCUGUUCACCGAAUACGUCAGGGACGUGAUUUCGCACUUCAACCUGGAAAUCGGCACAGAUAUCUAUGACAGGAAGGCAAUCGAGGACAUGAAGAUGAAUCUGUUUCUGUCCGUCUCAAGGGGUAGCAAUGAGGAGCCCAAGCUGGUUGUGCUUACGUAUCUGGGACGAAAUUUGAAUGAUGCCGGUGACACAGGGUCGCUAAAUACCGAAACAACCCUGAGACCGGCAAGCACCGAGUCGCUGCGCAUUGAUCUCGCGGGCGAGAACAAGAACGGCACAAAAACGAUUGCUGAUGACAGGAAAUACGACGUGGUGAUGGUUGGCAAGGGAAUAACCUUUGAUAGUGGCGGUAUUUCGCUCAAGCCUUCGAAAGGAAUGGAAGAUAUGAAGGCCGAUAUGAUGGGCGGAGCUGUUGUGUUUGCCAGCAUUGUGGCAGCAGCCCAGAAGAAAAUGCGUGUCAAUAUCAAAGUGAUCAUUCCGUUAUGUGAAAAUUUGCCGAGCGGCCAUGCCAACAAGCCCGGCGAUGUUAUUGUGGGUCGGAACGGAAAGAGCGUUGAGAUCAACAACACCGAUGCAGAGGGCCGGCUUAUUCUUGCUGAUGCGCUCAACUUGGCCGAAGAGUUCAAUACCAAGACAAUUUUGACCGCGUCGACACUGACCGGCGCGUGUGUGGUCGCGCUUGGAAACGAAUAUUACGGCAUUUACACCGAGGAUGACGAGCUCUGCGAGAGAAUUAGGGUGGCAGGUCAGGCUGUUGAGGACAAGGGAUGGCGGAUGCCCUUGGAUAAGAAGUACAUGAAAUGCAUGGAAUCGGAUGUGGCCGACAUGAAGAACUGUGGUUAUAAGGCUGGCAGCUGCAGCGCAGCAAUAUUUUUGAAGGAAUUUGUGACGAUGAAGAGCUUUGUGCACCUGGAUAUUGCUGGAAUGCUGGGCACCGACAAUACCACCCUGUUUGCAGGCAACAUUUCUGGCAGACCGUGUGCAAUGCUAGUAGAGUUCCUGAAGGGACUGUCUGAUUGAUUAAAAGCUUCUGCUUAGUUUUCUGCACCGC